AUGGAAAUACAAUGGAGUUUAGAUGGUAGUGAACUUGCUUCAUGUACUACUGAUAAAUUAGCUUAUAUAUGGGAUAUAACAAUAUGUCAACGUGUUAAAAAAUUAAAAGGACAUCAAUCAUUUGUUAAUUCAAUUGGUUAUUCACGUAUAGGUAAAGAUAUAAUAUGUACGGGUUCAGAUGAUCGUACUGUUAAAGUUUGGGAUAGACGUAAACGUGGUGAAGUUAUGACAUUUGAUUCAGAAUAUCAAGUAUUAGCAUAUUGUUUUAAUUCAUCAUCAGAUGCAAUAUUUUCUGAUGGUAUUGAUAAUACAAUUAAAAUAUGGGAUUUACGUACACAAGAUGUAUCUUUACGUCUUGGUGGUCAUCUUGAUAGUCCAACAGGUCUUGAAUUAAGUUAUGAUGGAUCUUAUUUAGCAUCAAAUUCAAUGGAUUCAACAAUGUGUAUUUGGGAUAUACGACCAUAUUUUAAUGGUGUUGAUCGUUGUAUUAAAUUAUUACAAGGACAUCAACAUAAUUUUGAAAAAAAUCUUUUACGUGUGGCACGAUCAUCUGAUGGAAAACGUAUAUCAUGUGGAAGUGCUGAUAAACAUAUUUAUAUUUGGGAUAUAGCAACAAGAAAAAUUCUUUAUCGUUUACCUGGUCAUCUUGGUAGUGUUAAUGAAGUAGAUUUUCAUCCAAAUGAAUCAAUUAUUACAUCAUGUUCAUCAGAUAAGACUGUUUUUCUUGGGGAAAUUGAACCUUAA